AUUUGUUAAAACAAUGCAUCACUGAGCUCGAAGAUGAGAACGCUGAGGUUAAGGCUAAGAAUGCGAAGCUUAAACACGAGAAUACAAAAUUAAAACAGAUCAUAGAAGAAAAUGCUGAGUUUAAAGCCAAAAUCGUUAAGCUAGAACAAGCCGUUGAUAAAAUCGAGAAGCGGGACCAAAGUAUUAAUAAUGAUUCUCAGCGUGAGCUGGUACAUUCAUGCCAAGUUAAUACUCCCAAACAGAUAGUUGAUACAACUAUCAGACCUUGUCUGUCUACAGCGGAUGUAAUUAGAUCUGAUGUAAACCAGGAGUCAAGUAAUUCAGAUCUAUCAACUGUUGCUAUCAGCUCCAGUUUUGUUACACUUAGUGAAUCUGAACAGAGUGAUGAACUUAUUUCCCCUAUAGAGAAAAAUUUGAUUGUUAAACAAGAGUUAAUGCAACAGCUUUCUGUAAUUAUUGGCGGAGCCAGCACAGCUGAAAAUAAAGAAAGCCAUAUAACUGCUGAAACCAAGGCAAGCGAAUCGUCUAUAUCUCAUGUCUCUGAUUCUUCCAAUUCGAAAGACAAUAUUAGUAUAUCACCUACCUCAACAUGA